UUCUUCUUCUUCUUCUUCUUCUCUCUUGAGCUCGUAACUUUGUAAAUCGAUCUGCUCCGAAACAACUCAGUCCCUGGCGAUUGUGAAUGGUUGAAACAAUAAGUAAUUUAAUGCUUUUCUCUUCCUCUGCGAGGGCAACCGCGCGAACCCAAUCCGCGCAGUUAUCCUCCUCGAGCGACUCCAUCCUCUGCUUCCUUCACCUUCACCACCUCCUCUCUUUCUCCUUUGGCUCCUGCAAGGAAGGCUGGUACUACCGCUGCCUCGGCGUGGAUCCCUGAACCAAUAACUUUCCUCCUUUUUCCUUCCUCACCGCCUUCUCUCAUCCUACCCAUCUCUUUCUUUUUGAUUCUUUCGAUUGAAAUCAAUUUCUUCGCUUUGAUCCUCCUGUUCUCUUGGUUGGUUUUCAUCUUUCGACGAGAGGAAUCAUUGAAAGGCAAUUAAAAAAUGCAGAUGUUGCUCCAUAAGCAGAAGAAGAAUCCUCACAGCAGCAAAGGCAACCGCCUCCUGAUUACCGUCAAUGUCUUGGGCAGCGCCGGACCGCUCCGGUUCCUCGUCAAUGAGGAUGAGCUUGUCGCGGCGGUUAUCGACACCACUCUUAAGUCCUACGCUCGCGAGGGUCGUCUCCCCGUUCUUGGCUCCGAUCUCAACAACUUCCGCCUCUACUCCGCUAAUGCCGGAACCGAUGCUUUAAGUCAUUGGGAAACCAUUGGAUCUCGCGGCGGAAGGAAUUUCGUGCUUUUCAAGAAGCCGCAGCGGCAGCUGGAGGCGACGAAAGGAAACAUAAUUGCAAGGAAGGGGAGUAGCAGAUGGAAGGCAUGGCUUCACAGGUCCUUGAACCUGAAAAUAUCGUCUCAUUGAAAUUUGAAUUGAAUUGAACUAAAUUGGUCUCUAGGAAUAACCAUGGAGAAUGAGCAACAACAAACUCUCUUCAUUGUUUAGAGAGGUCUUAGUCUCUCUGUUCCUGGAUUUCCAUUGAGUUAUGGUUGACCCAUUUUCUGCUAGAUUGAGUUGUAAAUACCCUUUUGAUUGCUUUAUCUGGUUUGGUUUCUUUGGUCCAGAGAAUGACAAUCUCCUCCAUGUAAUAAAGAUGUAUCCUUAUUGGAGCUUUAAUAAGAAUUGGAGAUCAAUUGGU